CAUCAUACAGGCAAGUUCACUCCACUUUAUUGACCUUAUUUGUCUUGCACUUUGAGCACUGUGUUAAAAACAUAAUCAGCAUUUGCAAAACGUUUACAGAACAAUGUGGAGUCAACUGAAGAAGUGUGGAUCGGCCUGUAUAGAGAGUGGAGGUGGUCCGACCAGAGUGGCUCGACCUUCAGAAACUGGAUGGCAGGCGAGCCAAACGGGGUAGAUGGAGAGUUGUGUGUGGAAGUUCAGUUCCCAUCUGGACAGUGGAAUGAUCACAUUUGUAGCACCGAACAUCCUUUUAUCUGCUAUGAUGAUAAAAUGGUCCUGGUCCCAGAGAACAAGACGUGGUCAGAAGCCCUGUGGCACUGCAGAGACCUGGACAUGGAGCUGGUGUCUGUCCACAACCAGAGCGUCCAGCACUGGGUCCGACAGAGAGCCAAGAAGGCCUCCACUCCCUUCGUCUGGCUGGGCCUGAGGUACACCUGUACCCUGGACUUCUGGUUCUGGGUCACUGGAGAAGAGUCCUGUUACCACAACUGGGCCGACGGGGAGGGCUACAACACUGGCAAGGAGCAGUGUGGGAACACAGGGGCCAUACAGAGAGACGGGGGGCAGUGGUUCGGCAAGCCUGAGACUUACAGAUACAACUUUAUCUGCAGCAAUGACGAUUACUAAAACCAGACCCUGUUCUCUGAACCAGCUGAACCCUACAGCCCAACUCAUUGUUCCAGACCCUGUUCUCUGGACCAGCUGAACCCUACAGCCCAACUCAUUGUUCCAGACCCUGUUCUCUGGACCAACUGAACCCUCAACACAUUGUUCCAGACCCUGUUCUCUGGACCAACUGAACCCUCAACACAUUGUUCCAGACCCUGUUCUC